CUUUAAAAUAAUUACAUUUUUUAAAGCCUUUCGUUCCGCGCGUUUUCCUUACAGCCUUUUCAAUUGGGAGUUUGCGGCGGGCGGGGAGGGAGAAGAAAGUCCUGUUCUGACCGAGAAGCGCCGAGAGACCUGGGCCUCUCUCAGCAGCGAGGGCAGCGGCCAUCGCAGAGCCUGCGGCAUCCACGCGUGGCUUUUACUUUGCGCGCACAUUCCUGACUGUGCCUAGAGCCAUCGAGCAGGCAAGCAUGGGGUGUUUGGGCAACAGCAAGACAGCAGAAGACCAGGGCGUCGAUGAAAAAGAACGACGCGAAGCCAACAAAAAGAUCGAGAAGCAGCUGCAGAAAGAGCGCCUGGCCUACAAAGCCACUCACCGCUUGCUGCUCCUGGGGGCUGGCGAGUCUGGGAAAAGCACUAUUGUCAAACAGAUGAGGAUCCUGCACGUCAAUGGAUUUAAUCCGGAGGAAAAGAAGCAGAAAAUUUUAGACAUACGGAAAAAUGUUAAAGAUGCUAUUGUGACAAUUAUUUCAGCGAUGAGUACUAUUAUACCUCCAGUUCCACUGGCCAACCCUGAAAACCAGUUUCGAUCAGACUACAUCAAGAGCAUAGCCCCUAUCACCGACUUUGAAUAUUCCCAGGAGUUCUUUGAUCAUGUGAAAAAACUUUGGGAUGAUGAAGGCGUGAAGGCGUGCUUCGAGAGGUCCAAUGAGUACCAGCUGAUCGACUGUGCACAAUACUUCCUGGAAAGAAUCGACAGUGUCAGUCUGGUGGACUACACACCCACGGACCAGGACCUCCUCAGAUGCAGAGUUCUAACGUCGGGGAUUUUUGAGACACGAUUCCAAGUGGACAAAGUCAACUUCCACAUGUUUGAUGUCGGCGGCCAGAGGGACGAGAGGAGGAAAUGGAUCCAGUGCUUUAACGAUGUCACUGCCAUCAUUUACGUUGCGGCCUGCAGCAGCUACAACAUGGUGAUUCGGGAGGAUAACAAUACCAACAGACUGAGGGAAUCCCUGGACCUUUUUGAAAGCAUCUGGAACAACAGGUGGUUACGGACAAUUUCUAUCAUCUUGUUCUUGAACAAACAGGAUAUGCUAGCAGAAAAAGUCUUGGCAGGGAAAUCAAAAAUUGAAGACUACUUCCCAGAGUAUGCAAAUUACACUGUUCCUGAAGAUGCAACUCCAGAUGCAGGAGAAGAUCCCAAAGUCACAAGAGCCAAGUUCUUUAUCCGGGACCUGUUCUUGAGGAUCAGCACAGCCACGGGUGACGGCAAACACUACUGCUACCCCCACUUUACCUGCGCCGUGGACACGGAGAAUAUCCGCCGGGUAUUCAACGACUGCCGCGACAUCAUCCAGCGGAUGCAUCUCAAGCAGUAUGAGCUGCUGUGAGGCCCACCCGCUGCCCAUGUCUACCCUGUGUCUGUGCCCCCUGUCCCCACCUGUGUCUGCACCCCGUGUCUGCACCCCAUGUCCACUUGUCCAA